GCGGUACUGAGGCUGGCAACGUUUAGAUCAGCUGGCUAUAAAAGCCGUAACAGCGGCAACACAAAAAUCCAUUGCCUGCUUUUGGAGAAAUAUUCGCUGAAGCUACAGCAAGUUGCUUGUUUUUAUUUUUUGAGUGUCAGUUAAGCAUUCCCCAGCAUCAUGACCGGACGUGGUAAAGGAGGCAAAGUCAAGGGAAAGGCCAAGUCCCGUUCCAGCCGUGCUGGCCUGCAGUUUCCCGUCGGCCGUAUUCAUCGUAUGCUGCGCAAGGGCAACUACGGUGAGCGCAUCGGUGCUGGAGCUCCGGUUUACCUGGCCGCUGUCCUCGAGUACCUGGCCGCCGAAGUCCUGGAGUUGGCUGGCAAUGCUGCGCGUGACAACAAGAAGACCCGCAUCAUCCCCCGUCAUCUCCAGCUGGCUAUCCGUAACGACGAAGAGUUGAACAAGCUGUUGUCGGGUGUGACGAUCGCGCAGGGUGGUGUGUUGCCCAACAUUGCUCCGACGCUGCUGCCCAAGAAGACUUCCGGUGGACCGCAGGAGAGCACCCACGAAGCCAAACCGAAGGCCACCAAGAAGGCCAUGCAGGCUGAGACCUCCGCGUCGCAGGAAGUUUAGAAUUUAUUGUCCGUGUUAUUGACGUAAUACGUGUCAUGUUGUCGGAAAAGAUCUCGUAAAUGUCAUUGUUGAAAUUCCCGCAGUUAUGUCUAACGUCUCCCACUUUCCUGCGCUCCAUGUUAUGCAUACGAUUUUUCCACGGAUUUUUUUGGUAGUCUGAAGAGUGAAAUGGCGGCCUUUUAACUUGUACGAUAGUAUUAAUCGUUGAUCUGCUUUUUCUCGCUGUUUAAAAACGAAUCGAUCAGGAUUAAAAAAAGAACGAAA